CAAUGCAUGCCGUUUUUACGUUUUCUUUUACCAUCAAAGUUAGAUGAAAAAAAAGGCAUCUCUUUUGUCUUGUUUGUUUUUUCUCAUCAUCCUCUCAUGGGUCGUCCAUUGCAGACGUGAGCUCGUCUGAUCAAAUCCUCCUUGGCUUCUCUUCGUUUUCUCCAAUCCAUUUCUUUGUUUAUACCAAACUUCAUGUCAUUAGGUCCUCCGAUCAUUCUUCGAAUCGGUUUUUGUGUGGCGGAUCCAGUUUAAUCAUCAUCAAUUCAUCAUCAUCAUCAUCACUGGUCGCAGCUGAAUUCGAUUCUUUGAUUGGGCUUGUGGGAUGGGAACUUGUUCCUGAUGGAUAUAUUAAAGUCUUACCAUCUCCUAGCUGCUGCUUACUCGGCUCCUGCGUGGGCAAGCUUUAUGGCCGGUGCUUUUUUGGUUCUCACCCUCUCCCUUUCCUUGUUUCUUGUCUUCGAUCACCUUUCUACUUACAAGAACCCUGAGGAGCAAAAGUUUUUGAUUGGAGUCAUCCUCAUGGUCCCUUGCUAUUCUAUUGAAUCGUUUGCAUCACUUGUUAAACCAUCCAUCAGUGUUGACUGUGGGAUUCUUCGAGACUGCUAUGAAUCCUUUGCCAUGUACUGUUUUGGUAGAUACCUUGUUGCCUGCAUUGGUGGGGAAGAAAGGACUAUCGAGUUUAUGGAAAGACAAGGGCGUAAGAGCUUUAAGACGCCACUCUUAGAUCACAAGGAUGAAAAGGGAAUCAUCAAACAUCCUUUUCCUAUGAAUUUAUUCUUAAAACCGUGGAGGCUCAGUCCCUGGUUUUAUCAAGUUGUUAAGUUUGGUAUUGUUCAAUAUAUGAUAAUAAAGUCUUUAACUGCCCUCACAGCUCUGAUUCUUGAAGCCUUCGGUGUGUACUGUGAAGGAGAGUUUAAAUGGGGAUGUGGGUACCCUUAUUUGGCAGUUGUUCUAAAUUUUAGUCAGUCAUGGGCAUUAUACUGUCUGGUUCAGUUCUAUGGUGCAACGAAAGAUGAGCUUGCACACAUCCAACCACUGGCUAAAUUUCUAACAUUUAAGUCGAUUGUGUUUCUCACUUGGUGGCAAGGUGUUGCCAUUGCUCUCCUCUCUUCCCUCGGCUUGUUCAAAAGUUCAAUUGCACAAAGCUUGCAGUUGAAGACUAGCGUGCAAGAUUUCAUCAUUUGCAUAGAGUGCAGAUGGGUAUUGCUUCCGUUGUUCACCUGUAUGUAUUCCCAGCAAAGCCUUAUGGUCUAAUGGGAGACCGCUUUACUGGAUCCGUUUCAGUUCUUGGUGACUAUGCAUCUGUUGACUGUCCUAUUGAUCCAGAUGAGAUUAGGGACAGUGAGAGACCAACAAAAGUCCGUCUACCACAUCCUGACGUUGAUAUCAGAAGUGGUAUGACCAUCAAAGAAAGUAUGCGAGAUGUUUUCGUUGGUGGUGGUGAAUACAUUGUUAAAGACGUGAGAUUCACAGUGACUCAAGCGGUGGAGCCUAUGGAGAAGAGCAUCACAAAGUUCAAUGAGAAACUGCACAAGAUCUCCCAGAACAUUAAGAAACACGACAAGGAAAAGAGAAGAGUGAAGGACGAUAGUUGCAUGUCAUCAUCACCCAGUCGGAGAGUGAUUCGAGGGAUUGAUGAUCCGCUUCUAAAUGGGAGUUUUAGCGAUAGUGGAGUUACAAGAACCAAAAAGCACAGGCGUAAAUCGGGAUACACUAGCGCAGAGAGCGGGGGAGAGAGCAGUAGUGAUCAAGCUUAUGGUGGAUUUGAAGUCAGGGGCCGCAGAUGGAUCACCAAAGAUUAACAAAAUAUUGAUCUACAAGUUUGUUCCACAUUUUUCUCCUCAAAGCGCAGUUGUUUGCGAGAAGAGGAUGAUCACGUAGAAGCCGUUAAAUAUUGAACAUCUGUGUACAGAUUUGAAGAUACAUAUAACAUAAAUGAGCAUGAUUUCUUAUUACAGGAGU